AAGUUCUGAACCGUAAUGAUAACAAUCUUAUGAAGCCUUCGAAGAACUUAAAAAGAAGAGUCACAGAAAGAGAAACUAAAAUCAUAACGACGAAAAGGAAGUCUUCCUCCCUAACCAAUUCAAGGCCGGCAACGUAUAUCACAACAGACAUUUCCGCUGACCAAAGCAAAAUUAAACCACCUCCGAUAUAUAUACACGGUAAGAUAAAAAAUUACCAGAAGCUACUCGAAGCCCUAGAACAAAAAUACAACAAUAGAUUCCACACCAAAUACACUUCAGAAAAAUUAAUUGUUAUAUUUCAAAAUAUAACCGAUUUCAACGAAUUUAACACACAUACACAAUCAGCACCAAGAAAAUUCUAUCGAAAUGCGCGGGACUCCACGAGUUCAAGAAAGUGCACUAAAACCCUCGAGGUACCAUCUAAAAAAUUGCAAAGGCAGCCACCCAAUUAUUCCAAAUGUCCGGCACUUCUAGCAUUCCUCGCCAAAAGAGAUGCACAUAAAAACCAGAUACAACCCAAUAACAAUACCUCCCACCCACAAGCCUUUCCCACAAGCAAACCUCCAUAUUAUACAACAAUCACAUCGCAGGCAACUUAUGCUAACAUAACUGCAAAACAAGCACCAGAGAACAAUGAGAGCACAAUAAAAGAGACUCUAGCUGAAAUUAAAUCAUCAGAUCUCGAUUUAUUCUUAAGGAUAAUCGAGCUGAUA